AAAAGAGAAAGAAGGAGCGGACCUGGGCUGAGGCAGCUCGCAUGGUUUUGGAGAACUUCUCUGAUGCACCCAUGACUCCCAAACAAAUCCUCCAUGUCAUCCAGACCAAGGGGCUGAAGGAAAUGCGGAGGUAGGUUUGAGUAUCCAACAUCUUUUUUGCAUACAUGGACUUAUUACUUCUCUAAUGUAACCAAGCACUCUUUUUGUGUGAUAUUCUCUAAGGCCUUUACAUGCUCAUGGUUAAGGCAACUCAAUGCACUCAAUGCCUGUAAAUAUUGAAAACGUUACAGAUGUACUAAAUGGUUUAUUACACAUAACUAUCUGAGAAAUCAUCCCUGGAAACUGUUUGGGAAAGGGCUUGUACUUAAAAAAGUGAUUUACUGAACCUAGGGCUGUGACAAUAUGGAUUUUUUCUGACCACGGUGAAAAAGCAAUAUAGCCCUGCGGUUUUACGGUUAACCGCAGAUACCACCUCAGGGUUUUCCCUGCCAUUAUACGGCUUAGGCGCGGCGCCCAAGCAUUUUUGCCUCCCGCCUAAGAGAAAAAAUAGUACGGACAUUUCACCUUCUGUUUAAAAAAAAAAAAACCUGUGCGCCGCGGCUGAAUGAAUGAAUUACGUGCGCCGCUGUGAAAUUUCACAUGAUCAUUAAUAUCAAUGCACCACUAAUGAUACUCGCACUGUGUGAGCACAACAACACACAGUUAUUUUCGACUUGUUUUGAGUCAUCAACGAGCGCAUCAAAUCCUGUCUGACCCUCUGAACACCUUUAUUGUAUAUAUCUACGGGUAGGGGGGCCAUCCAUCCGGCUUUAGGCCGGACAGUCCGGCUUUUAAAUGCCCUGUUCGGCUGCAGGCGCAGCCGACCAUUUUCGUGUCUGAACUAUCAACACAUGGCUCAUUAGAAUAUUCAAAUGAGCCAUGUGUUGAUUCGCCACAACGCGCUCACGCAAAGUUACUACCAAAGCAGCAAAGGCAAAGCAGCUAUCGAGAGACAUGCUAGCACUGACAAGCAUCGAGCUAAUCAGAGUACAACUCUGCUUAAAAUCGGAUCAUGCCAAACAAAUAUCUGGUUGCUUGUCCGCAAAGUGUCCUCCUUUUUGAUGUGAAGGAAAUGGCCACCCUACCGGGCGGUCAGAGGUCAAAAUACACUGUUGCAUAUGCCGUUCGUUAGCCGCGAGCUUACAUUAGCUAACAGUUAAAGUUGUUUUAAUCACACUAAAUUGUGACUUAGUGUUUUGAAUAACUUCCUGUCGCUAAACACAUGCCGCUUUCAAAAGAAGAGUGCAGUGUGUUAACAGAAUUGACCACAGAAUUUACAAAAAGACUGUCAAAAUAAGAUGCCAUAAAUAAAAUAUACAAGAACCCUUAUUCUCCUUUAAGAUACAGCUUAAAAUAGGCAUUGAUUAAGUUCAGUGUAUAUGAUGGAAUAGUGGAAUUAGAUCUGUGGGAGGCCACCAAAUUUGGGCUUUUAUGGAAAAAAACACUGGCUGGCUGCUCCAUGUCCUAGUGGAAAGCAUGUUGACAGCAAUUAAAAAUGACACAGUAUUGGAUAACAAAGAUUUUAUGAUACGGUAUCUCCCGACUGUGAAAAAUGUUAUGUGAGGUGUUUGCUCUCAUUUAUCCCCCCCCCCCCCGGCCGCCAGCCAAGGAACUUCUGCCAUGGAGAAGUUUGUUUGGCGGUUCUACAGGACCAAUUCAGCCAGAAGAAUUAAAUGUUCAAAAGGGGGCUGUGAAUUGUGCAGAUAAAGUGUAAAUUACAACUAAAGCAUAUUGAAUCUGUUUUUCAGUUACCUAUAGUAAUGAUAGUGGUCAAAAUUAUGUGAAAUUGCACAGUUUUUGGUAAAAAAAAGCUUUUUAAAAAAAUGUAAGGCAGAGGAACGCUAUCCCCGAUGCUUCAGCUGCCCAUCCCCUAAGACCUCUAAAAACCCAGGGAAAACCCUGCCACCUCUGCACCCUUCUGUUGAGUCCUCUCUCAUAGCCAGGUCUAUAACCACUAUAGACUGGAUUAUAGUUUUUGAUCUCCACGCUUUGUUUAAGCACUGCGCUGAACAGCUGCCUGCCGAGCAGUCACAUUGGAUUCCACCAUGCUCUAGGUUUGGGUGCGACCCGUCAGCCACAGCUCCCAUUGCUGUUCUUGGGAGGCAGACAAUUACAUUUGCAAAUUUAAAGGACAAAUUGCCCCCCAAAAAAUAAUUUUCAAAAGUAAUAGAGAUUCCCAAAAAUAAAUUCUUAUCUGACUGUGAUACAACCCUGAUACCAAAAAUAGUUGGGAGCUUGUGUAAAAGGUAAAUGAACAAUGUUUCAGAUUCAGAAUACUGAAUUUAUAUUUACUAAACAAAAAUGUAUCAGUUUGCCAGUGCCCUGUGACCCCUGUGGGGCUUUACAAAGGCACUCCUCUCAAGGUUGCCCACAACACAGAAACAUGUGUGAGCAUGCCACUACCUUAGGGAGGAACGCUGUAUUCGGCCACAGAGUGACACCUGAGCCAUCUGACAUCUCAAACAUGAAUUGCUUGCACACAAGGGGCCUCAUUCAUGAAACGUGAGCAGAACAAAUUUGUGUGUAAACCGUUCGCAGACGGAAAUUUACGUGCAUCUCCGCAUUCAUCAAUAUUUUAGUAGCUCCGAUCUUUUCGUAGCUACUAACAAAAUCUACACAUGCUGCUGACCACACGUAGUGCUUGUGUAAAUUUAAGAACGCAUAUAAAUAAUGCUCGUCACUGUUGGAAAUUACAAUUUUAAUUCAUAAUGCGUUCUGUUAUGUACACAAUACGCAGAUGCCUUUGAAACAUGUGAUAUAAACAUGGCAAACGAUUAAAAAUAUAACAUAUUUAGUUAAAUUAGUUGGCAAUUGGCGGGAUUAAGAUUCAGAUUAAACUCAUAAUUGUGAAUUAUCUAUGUAAAUUGACGCAUCCUGCCUGCAGUUCUCAGAGGUAUCAUUAAAUUAAUGCCAGAGUAUAUCCAAUUUCCAUACGGCGCACAACGGCAGACAGAAGUAAUGCAGGGGUUCAGUGCAGUUGCAAACAUGCCAGGUGUUAUCGGUGCCAUAGACUGCACACACGUACGCAUCAAGGCUCCAUCCGGUGAUGCAUUUGCUUACAUUAACCGGAAAAACGUUCAUUCCGUGAAUGUGCAACUGAUCUGUGACGCAAAGUGUGUGUUGUUAAACGUUGUGGCACGGUGGCCCGGUGGGACGCAUGACGCAUUCAUCCUGCGUAAUUGCGCAGUUGGCACGCGUUUGGAGGAUGGAGCUGUGAGAGACGGCUGGCUCAUUGGUAAGAAUAUAGCCUGCAUAAUCACAUGUGUGUGUCAUAUAUGGACUUACCUUUCUAUAUCCAUAGGGGAUAGGGGUUACCCACUGAUGCCGUGGCUUAUGACCCCACUGGCCAGCCCGCAGACACCACAGGAGCAUACAAUGAGGCGCACGCGGCUACUCGGGCCGUUGUAGAGCGCACCAACGGGGUAUUUGGACUCUGAGCGUCCUCCUCCUGUGGCAGAUGUACUUUUUUUGUGUGCGCUAAUGCGUUUCUUUGCGUCAAGUUUAAUGUCAAACCAUUUACGUCUUUUUUUCUUUGUGCCAUGACUGACAGGUCGACAGGAUGCCUCUACACACCUCCUUAUAUGGUGGUCAUUAGCAAUUCAUGGGCGGGGCUCAUGCUAAUUGCUGAUUAUCGGGAGCGCGCUGCCACCUUACGAUGGAUUGGCAUUCAUGAUCAUACACACGUGUUUACGAUCAGAUCUGAGUUUCCCGCGGCGUUCAUGAAUCCGGAGUAGGUUUUUAGUAGCGUAGGCUUUUAUGUGCAAAUCUACGCACAAAUCUACUAACGUUUCAUGAAUGAGGCCCAAGGUAUGUAACUUGCCUAUAUGUUGUAAUGGCAGUUUGGGUGAACCAAUCACCUCAGCUCUGCUUCUGCCAAGGGUUCAAAGGAACCAAGGGUUCUCCAGAAAUUGGCCACCAGAAUAAUUCUGUGGCCCUGUCAAAGAGGGCUUGUACAGUCAGCUUUAGCAGUUGUAGAGUAGCUGAGCUGAGCAGCUCCCCCAGUUCCAAUGGAACAGUACAGAUGGGCUACCGACAUGAUACUGGCAAGACUGAUCAGACAGCCAGGUUUCUGAGUCAUAAGGGCAAAAGGCUGCAAGGAGGUGACGGAGUGGAUUUUGAUUGUAUAUGGCUCUCACUUUUCAUGGUAGAGUCUUAACUUGGUAGAGGUAGAGUUUGAACUUGCAUUUGUAGAAGCAAUGAUCAACAGAAUUUACCAACAACGGUUUUCCAAAGUCCAUAUAUUUACAUCACAUGUAAUUAAUGGGUUUUUUUCCAGCCUGGCUCCUCAGUUGCAGAUAUUUCUUUGAAUUCACUGUAUCUUAUACUGAUUUUAUGGAUUGUAGAUGGAGGUGAAAUCCCUAAAUGUCAACACUGUUCUUAAACUGGGGGUAUUGGCCCACGCAUUAUUUCACAUUGACUAUGUCGAACUAGAUUCGUAAAUGUUUGCAUUCUGUUUUACAACAUUAUCACUAAUUUAGCUUGAGCCUCCUGCGAUGAGCGUCUGCUCAUCGACGACGACGAGCCAAAUGGCAAACUUACUGUUCCCUCACUGCAGAGGGAUAGCUUGUCUUAGCCUUUGGGGAGCAAGCUUAUGCUAUGGUACCACAUAAGUCUAAAGUAAGUCUAAAUAAGUAACAUGAAAUCCAGUUGGCGUGAUGUGAAGAGAUCAUUUAGCGAAAAAGGUCAAAACGAAGGGUUGAGAAGGUUCCCGAAAUCCACAGACCGUUGUCUUCGACUCUCCACCGGCAAAUGAAGCAGGCCCACAGCCGUGUGAGCAGGUACGACAGGGUGGAUCCACCGAAUCCCACUGGUUGCCGUAAUGCAGAAGUCACUUUGAAGGAAGGUGAGCAUCAACCUCACAGACGGAUCUCCAGUAAGCCUUGAUUCUCACCAAAACACCUCCCCGAUUUCCCCCGUCUUCUAUAACGCCUCCUCGUUAAAGUGUCGGAGGGUGAGCAUCACAGGUAGGCUGGUAUAGACGUAAGGAGUGGAGGGAAGCCAAAUCCUGCGGUUACUGCCUGGCAUUGACCAGUUUUCAGCCUGGCUGGUCGAUAAUAUAGUGCAUUGAAAUUAUUUCUAUGAAAAUUAUGUCCCCGAACGUUAGCGUUCAGUCAUUUUGCUCAGGCAAGCUUUAUGACAAAUCGAUAGUACCAGGUUGUACUUUCUUCCGAUCUGAUGAUCUUUGUUUUACGUCUUCAGUUCAUUGUGUCCAGUCACAUGUGUUGUAAUUGAGUGUAACUGUGUGUACAUGUGUGUGUGCAGUGGUACAGCACCUUUGGCCUGCCUGGUCACAAUGCUACACUCCCAGGUGAGGGGGGACCGAGUCAAGAACAGCAUCUUCUUCAAGCUGCCUGGACGGAUGAGCCUAUUCACUCUCAAGAAGAACGCUCUCCAGUGGACUAAAACAACAUCAGAGUCUGAGACACCAACAGAGCCGACCAGCAGCACCACUGCACCAGCUUCCAGCAGCAGCACCCCUGCAGCAGGCACCAUCGUGUCCUCCGUCCCCACUGAGGCCACUGAGCAGGAAAGCUGCGACUCCACUGAGACUACUGCUGCUGCCAGUGGAGACAAUGACGCCUCGGUGGAUGAGAGCUCCUCCAGCGCCUCCUGCUCCACAGAACCGCCGGCUCCCAGCUCUCAGCCCCAGACCCGCCUCAGCAGGGCAGCAGGACAGCAGGGACGAGCAGACACGCAGCAGACCCAACACGCUCCACACACCCAGACCAGACUGAGCCGCUCUAGACAGUCAGGGAGGCAGAGGAAGAAAGCAGUCAUGAUGCCUCGUGUUGUCCUCACCCCUCUUAAAGUGAAUGGAGAACAUGUUCCUUCAGGGCCGAUGAAGAGGAGUCGAGGAGGGGUGGAUGUAGACUUUGAAACACCGGGCUCCAUCCUGGUCAACACCAACAUCAGAGCCCUUAUCAAUGUGCGGACCUUCUCAGCCUUCCCCACACACUCGCAGCAGCAACUGCUGCAGCUGCUGCCAGAGGUGGACAGACAGAUUGGACCAGACGGUAUGGCCAGACUGAGCAGCUCAGCCCUUAAUAAUGAAUUCUUCACCCAUGCCUCCCAGAGCUGGAAAGAGAGGCUGGCAGAGGGUGAGUUCACCCACGAGAUGCAGGUGCGCUUCCGGCAGGAAAUGGAGAAAGAGAAGAAGGUAGAGCCAUGGAAGGAAAAGUUUUUUGAAGAGUACCAUGGUCAAAAGUCUGGCCUGACACAAGAGGAGUCCCUAAAGCUUACCAUGACUGACGCUAGUGAAGUUGCAGCCAGUGUGCUGGACAGUGAUGUUGCUGCGGUGGCAACUGGUGCCCCCAAAAGACGCAGCGUGGGUCGUCGGAGGAGAGAUGGCAGGAUGAGGAGACGAACAAGGGCAGACCUGCGUCGCAGGGCCAGGCGGACCCUCUGCAAGGCCACUCCUCCUGCCCUGCAGUCUACAGAAGCGGCUGAGGCCAGCGCGGCACUGGACGUCCCAGCUGUUUCUAUUGGCUCUCCUAUUGCUGACACAGACACAGACACAGUCGUUCAAGGUGAGGUGGUGCUACAGGCGGAGUCUAGUGUGGAGCUCCAACCUGACAGUGCCUCCACAGAGCCAAAGCCAUCUCUCACUCCAGAGCCAGAAACAUUGCCAGCCUCUACUCCUACUCCUACUCCCACUCCCACUCCCACGCCGACUCCGACUCCUACUCCGACUCCUACUCCUACUCCUACACCCACACCCACUCCCAGCCCAAGCCCAGCCUCCACCAGUGCAAAUGAAGAGCCUGAAGCUGCAGCCCGGCUGCUCCCAGAGGAGUCUGCGCCUGUACUGGCUUCCACCUCCUCACCUUCCUCUUCUUCUUCUUCUUCUUCAUCGUCGGCCUCCUCGCCCGUUUCCUCACCCUCCUCACCUUCAGAUAGACAGGGAGCUUUUGCUGUCGGACUGGACUCUUCUUCAUCCUCUUCAGCGUCCUCCAGUGCUGCAGUGGCUGCCGACCCCCUGGAUGACACUGCCUCUGUUGUCACCUCUGUCACAGGGGGUACCGCCACCAGCAGCCGCGAGAGUAGCCCCUCAGCCAGCCCAGCCACUACCCCUGUGCCCAGCGCUCAGCUCAAGGAGCAGAAGAGAAGGCCCGACGAGACCCAGGCCUUCUCCAGCUUCCCCGAAAAGAGGCCGCGGCUUGAUGACCGUCAGUCCUUUCGUACCACAAUUGACGGUGUCCGUUCGGAAAAGCCGCAGCCGACAACCGAGGAACCCAAGGUGCCGCCUAUCCGGAUUCAACUGUCCAGAAUCAAACCUCCCUGGGUCAAAGGUCACCCCACCUACCAAAUCUGCCCCCGGAUCGUGCCUCCCCGCGAAGGCUCGCGGCGGUCGGGGACGGGGGGCGCGCGCACCCUGGCGGACAUCAAAGCCCGUGCCCAGCAAGCCAGGGCCCAGCGCGAGGCCGCUGCUGCUGUUGCAGCCACUGGCGACGGGUCAGGGCCGACCGGGGUCAGGCCUGCUACUGGGCUACCGGAUAGCAGCAAUGGAAGACGAGCGCGAGAGCAUCCAGGACCUAUCGAGCCCGGAGGAGGAGGAGGAGGAGGAGGAGGAGGAGGAGGAAGUGGAAGAAGGGGAGGUUGUGGGAUGGAGGAGCAGGGAUCGUCUUCAGGCUCUAAUUCGUCUGGAACACAACUACAGCUUCUCAAUGUAGAGCCCACCCCCCAGCCAUCCCCUUCCCUGUCCACUACCUCAACCUCCAUGUCCUUUGAUCCCCCACAGACCCCAAGCCCCCCUCAACAGGAGGCAGUUGGGGCGGCAGAGGCUAGGGAGGAAGUAGAAGCAACAUCAGCCAGCUCCUCCAAUGGGCUCAGAGACAAGGCAGCUGACUCGCCCUCUCCAAAGCCUGAGAAGUCUGAGUCUGCUGCUGCCCCCUCAGAGAUGACUGACCAGGGCUGUGAAAAGCCAUCACUGGUGCCAACUUCUAUCCCAGAUUCCCUUCCCAGGUUUGGGGCUCAGGGUGUGGAUGUAAUUCAGACGCUGGCCAGUUCCUGUCAGCCCAAAGAACAGAUAGGGAAGGGUGGUGUUAUCCAGCAUGGUUCCCACCAUGUGGAACCCCAGGAGGUAUUCUCUCACUCACCUACAGAGAGAAGGCAAACGGAUGCACCCUCUCCCCACCAAGCAGACUCCUCUGUUGGAGAGAAAGACGAUGAGGCUGGGACACAUAGCGACUCCACUGAAACGGCUUCAGACUGUGAGAAUGACAUCCAGGAGGAUGAGCAGCAGCAGCAGACUGACCAGGACUGGUGCCCCCAACUGAGCAUCCAGAGAAACAGCCAGCUGGUCAUCUGCAGCCCUCCUCCUCAGAACCAGCAGCCAGUCAUCCAGGCCCACGUGUCCAGCCGCCAUGGUCAGACUGUCAUUCAGCCUUGCUUCCCCAAUGGUCUGCUCCACGCUCAGCACAGCGGCCACCAUUCCCAGGACCACCAGUCUCUCCCCGCAGUCCACCCGCAGGGACUCAGGGACACCAACAUUAUGGUCAAAAUGGAGCCUGGAGAUGAUUGUAGAGCCUCCAGACAGAACUUUACUGAAGAGGAGUGUCGUGGAGGUUUAAAGUCCUCGGUUCCUCACCCAACGGCUGCCUCUAAGAGACUGGCCAGCUCAGCCAGACCAGUGUCCAGUGUGGAGGCCAACAACCCUUUAGUCACUCAGCUAUUACAGGGCAGCCUGCCCCUGGAGAAAGUUCUACCCUCACACUCGGCCAACAGGCUGGAGAUCAGCCGAUUGCCAGGACCCCAACCCAGACCACCAGUGGCAAGGACCACAGGACCUUGCAACAGGCCUGAGAUUUCAGUCCAGUCUCCUAGCCCAGAACUAACUUCAGCCUCUCAGAUCCACAACAAGUCUCCAACAGGUCGCCAAGUCUCUUGUCUGAUGGAGGCCCCAGCUGGAUCGCAGUAUCAGUCUCAGCAGGCCCCUGGUGCUGUCCCAGUCAUCACCUCUUUGCCACCCUCCUCCUCCUCCUCCAGUUCUUUGUUCUCCAAAAAUAAGUCAGACUUAAGUUCUCAGACCACUGUGGAGUCUACAGUUAUAAAAGACUCUCAUAGUUCUAAGCCCUCACAGGGGGUCACUCCAGACAGGCCUCAGCCAGCCCAUCGAACCAUGCCCAAUGGCCCUUCCCCUCCCCAUGCAGACCCCUGCCCCACAGAGGUGGUGCCUACUAUUAAGAUCAACUGGCGUCCCCCACAGUCUCAGCUCUCCCACUCUCUCCAACCGCAGCUGUCUCCUCCACCCACCGUAAAGAAUGAAAUUGGUGCACGACCCCCUUGCCAGGCUCUUGCCAAAUCAUCCCCUAUCAAACCCAUGAGUGUUACCAAAAAGGAGCCUGGGAGCUCUAUGGAUGGCUACCUGAGUGGAGGGGCGAUGGAGGGACUCCUCAACAUGGAGAUGACUUUUGCCAGAAUGGCAAAGAAGGAGCAUAGCAAAGUUACCUACUCCUCUGGCUCUCCUUCCUCUUCCUCCCCCUCCCCUUCCCCCUCCUCCUCUUCCACUCUCCCUUUCCAGCUGUAUGGAAAGCUCCCCAAGCACGGUGGCGUUGGAGGAGUAACCUACACGGCCAACGUGUCAGUGAUGGACAACGGAGGUUUCUCCCGCAGCAUGGCGGACGGUGUCCUUCAGCUGCGUCCCCGCUUGUCCUCCAGCCAGACCACCCUCAGCAUCCAGGCCUUUACUGACAGUACGGCCGAGGAGGUGGCGCUUAAAUGCUCAUGCCGCCUCAAAGCCAUGAUCAUGUGCCAAGGCUGUGGUGCCUUCUGCCAUGACGAUUGCAUUGGGCCCUCCAAACUGUGCGUGUCAUGUCUGGUGGUCAGAUAGUAUGUUGAAGUCCUUAUGCACUUCAGAACUGCUAUCUGUACAGUAUCAACAGCAGGACUAGGAGGCUCCAGAGUGUACAGAAGCCUAAUUAGGGUAGAGCACACAGGAGGAGCCUGACAGGCAAGAUUUGCCUUGUAAAAUAUAAUUGGUCUGUAUUUUUGUUGUUGCAGAUUUUCUUCUUUUUUUUCUUCUUUUUUUUUGCUGUACUUAUAUAUUAUUAUUGUUAUUAUUAUUAAUAUUAUUAUUGUGAAUUUGGGGCAUGGUUGAUUGUAAAUUGUGCCUUUUUUGUUUGUUUUUUCCUCAAAAACAUUACCUCAUCUUAUCUUGCUCCACCUGUCAUCAAUUGGUAGCCAUCAUUGUUUUGGUCCCUUGUUUCCUCAGCAAACAGGGACCUAUUGUUGUCUCUUUGCGCAAAGAAGUAUUUUUUUAACCAUUAAAAUGAGUAAAUUACGUUGUUUCACAG